AUGACUUCAUCUCCACUUGCGCAUCACGUAUAUGCGCCUUCGCAAUUGAACGACCCCUCCCCGCCCGCGACGAGCAGUCCAAACGUUGGCCCGAAUAUGGGAGGAGGAAAUGGCACACCUCCGUCUGUUGAUCUGCCUCCAUCUCGGCAACCAUCCACGCCAGGCAUGGAUACCCUCGCAGAUUUGGCGUCCAUGCAACAUCAUCAGCCCCAGCGUUCCAAUACCUCUAUUUUGCGGGGUACUGAGUCCUAUGAAAGCCAACUGUCUCCAUCCACGAUGUACCCCCACGUCAACCCGAUCUCUCACAAUACGCCUACUCCCAGAACUUCAUUUGACAUCGCAAUGUCGGAGGGGCCGAGGGAAGGCACUGCUCGGAGGAAUUAUACUGACACUUCUUUGCGGCCCGAUGCUCAAAGGAUGGCGACGGAGCUCUUCGCUCAGAUUCAAGACAAUCCGCAUAUUUACGAGGCGCACGUGAAUUUCAUCCGCCUGCUCCACGAGGGCUUUGUGAACCAUGUCUACCCGCCUAAUAAUCCAGAUAUCCACGGCGACCCACGAAAAUACGAUCUCCUCAGGGAUAUGCGCACUGCAAGGGAGGAGAUGGACAAACUCUUUGCCAUGGGUGAGGAUCUCUGGGCGGAGUGGAUUCAGGACGAGAGUAUGUUGGCGCAAUCGGUCGAGGAACGCAUCGCGGUGAUGGAACUCUGUCAGCGAUCGAUCGAGGAGGAGUACGGUAGUACCAAGCUAUGGACCAUUUACGGUGAAUGGGUGCUGUACCUCUACAACUCCGCAAACGGGGAUGCUGGUUCGAACCAAUGGACCGAGGAGGACAAACUGGUCGGUCGUGAGGUCUUUACCUGGCAAUCAGUUUUGGAUGUGUGGCAGCGAGGUGCCGAAGCAACCCGAUGGAGGAUUCACGAUAGCCACCUUGUCUGGGAUCGAUUUCUGGAUCUGCAAGUCCAGGACCUUUCUCGUCGCCCGUCGCAAGAACGAGUCGGUCAAGUCAAGGGCUUCUUCGAUGUCCGCUUGCAAACCCCGCAUGCUACCUGGGACCAGACCUUCCAGACCUUUUCGGGAUUCGUGUCGACAUACUACAACGCAAACUACGAGGAAAUCAUGGCCGAUACGGCGGGCCGACUUGCUACUCCAAUCAAAGAGAAGUACAAAGCGCGGGAGCAUUUGGAGAUCAAGCUGCGCAAUGCAGUCGAAGCUGGGGAAUUUGGCCUCGAGUGGGCGGCCUACUCGGAGUACAUUGAAUGGGAAGUCAGCCGACACCGUCGAAAACGCCAUUCGAAUUUCGACCUUGUCAACGCCAUUUACCAGCGCGCAGUCCUACGAUUCCCGACCGACUCCAACCUCUGGGAGGACUACGUCAUGUUCCUCAUUGACCAGAAUACGCACGGUAACGCGAAUGCGACCACGAUAUCAACGCUCGACCGAGCCACCCGGCAUUGCCCAUGCUCUGGUACCCUUUGGUCGCAGUACCUCCUCAGCUCCGAGCGGGAAGGGCAAUCCUUCCAGAAGAUUGCGGACAUCAAACACAAAGCUACAAGUACUGGCUUGCUGGACGCCGGUGGUAUGGAGGAGGUACUGAAAGUCCAUACCGCCUGGUGCAGCUACCUUCGUCGGCGCGCCUUCCUUUCAGAUUCGACCGACGAGGACCUCGAUGUUGCUGAGGUUGGCAUCCGAUCCGCCAUCGAAAGUGUCCAAGAACUCGGCGAGAAGAAGUACGGUCGCUCGUAUCAGGGCGACCCGCUGUUUCGUCUCGAACGCAUCUAUAUCCGUUACCUGAGUGAAAGCGGCAGUUGGGACAGUGCCCGCGAAACCUUCAAGGGGUUGGUCGGUCGCCGUGGCAAUAGUUACGAGUUCUGGCUCACCUACUAUCAUUGGGAGCUGAUCUCGUGGAGCAAAUUUGUCCAGGGAGAAGCGACCGUGGAUGCCGCUCGGCGGACUCCCAAUCCCAGCUUUGCAACUGCCGUGUUGAAACAGGCCAUCAAGAGGACAGACCUGGAUUGGCCCGAGAAGAUCAUGCAGGUAUACGUCGCGCAUUGUGAAGAUUACGAGGACUCGGACGAGCUCCAACAGGCCGUCCUGGAGACCAGGAAGGCCAUGAAGGCCAUCAACGCACGGCGAGAAAAGGAGGCUAGAGAAGCGACGGCAUUACAGCAACAGCAGGCGGCCGCUGCCGAGCUUGCAUCUCAAACCGAGAAGCGUAAGCGCGAGGAUGACAGCGGAGUCAAUGGCUUUCCCAGCAGCAAAAAGGCUCGCGCCGAGGAGCCAGCGCCCCCUGCGGCGCAACCUGAGCCUGUCGCACUCCGGCGCGACCGCGAAAACGCAACAGUAGUCGUCAAGAAUUUGCCUCACCAUAUUACGGAACACCGAGUGCGACAGUUCUUCCGUCAUUGCGGGACAAUCAAUGGCUUGAAGAUGCUGCCAGGCGACGAUGGAAACUCUGAGACCGCCAUCAUUGAGUUCGAAACAAGAGAUGAAGCUCUCGUAGCUCAGUCCCGUGAUCAAAAGUUGCUUGACGAUAAUACUAUUGAGGUUCAACUUGGCUCCGGAUCCACCUUGUUCGUUACGAACUUUCCCUCGACUGCCGAUGAAAGUUAUAUCCGCAAUCUGUUCCGCGAGUAUGGCGAGAUCGUCGAUAUACGCUUCCCAUCGCUGAAAUACAACACCCAUCGACGAUUCUGCUACGUGCAGUUCAGGUCCUCUGGGGAUGCACAUAAUGCGACCAAGCUGAAUGGCACCCGGGUUGGAAGCAAUCUCAAUCUGGUGGUCAAGAUCUCAGAUCCUACGCGUAAAGAGGACCGUCAUGGACCUGUUUACGAAGGGCGGGAGAUCCACAUUUCCAAUAUUGACUGGAAAGCCAAUGAGGAUGAUCUCAAGGAAGCAUUCAAAAAGUAUGGCACUAUUGAGACGGUGCGGAUUCCCAGAAAGGUCGACGGGGGCAGUAAGGGGUUUGGUUAUAUUGUCUUCUCUACCAAGGAGGAGGCAGAAGCUGCCCUUGCUAUGCAUGAACAAGAGUUCCGCUCGCGCCCGCUACAAGUGCGAAUUUCGACCCCCCAAGGUGCUAAACGAACCGCAACCACUAUCGUGAACCGCGUCCGAACAUCACAAUCCCCUGCGGCCGAGGUGAAUGGGACCAAAGCGCAAUCGGUCGAGCCUGAAGGUGCAGCCAGAGAGCGCUCAGCGCGGACCCUGGGACUCAUGAACGUCCCUGACACGGUGAAUGAUGCGCGGAUCCGUGCACUGGUUCAACCUUAUGGGGAGCUCAUCAAAAUCGUCCUGCGCCCUGAUCAUCAAGGGGCGAUUGUCGAGUUUGCGGAUGUGAAUCAUGCCGGCAAGGCGUCGCUCGAACUUGAAGGACAGGAAAUCGCCCCGGGUCGAAAAUUGCAUGUGGGCACGGUCUCGGAAAUGCUGAAGCAGUCCGCGGAGAAGAAGUUGGGCCCCAGUCAGGCGCCAAAGCCAAAGGAGAAGGCCACGUUCCUCCAGCCGACCGGACCGAUCAAGCGUCCUGUGCAGCCCGGUCAGCGAGGUGGCCGAAGAGGUGGAUUGGGGGUGAAGCGGGUCAGCAUUCCUUCGACAGCCUCGCGAAGCCCGAAAGCCGAAGAAGGCGCCAAAAGCGCGACAACGAUGACGACAACGAAUGUGACGACCGAAAGCAGCGCUCACCAAGUCGACGGUGAGAAGACGAGGAAGAGCAAUGAUGAUUUCCGUGCCAUGAUCCAGCGGAAUCGAGGCGAGUUAUCGACCGCGUACGCAGGAAUGGAUUUCCAUCUCGUCCCUCGAGGAACAGACAGGAAUUACACAGGCUUCUUGACAAAAACCAUCGUCUACACCGGCACCUUACUUUUAUUCCUUGCAGCAUUCGGCCUUACGAUCUCAUCCAUCGUCGUCCCGAAAUGGGUCACCUAUCAUAGCGAAAAGUUCCGCUACUCCUACGGCCUCCACCGUCGCUGCUCCUCCCUCACAAACGUCUGCGAGAGCUUCCCCCAGCGCGAAGACUGCCAUGGCGAGGACCGGUACUUCUGCUCCAUGUGGCGGACCGUCGGGUUCCUGAUGUCCUUUGCUGUUGUGCUGGAGGGGAUGAGCGUGGUUGCGUAUCUGAUUGUGCUGUCGGGCGGGAAACGGCUGCGCGAGUCGGGGUGGAAGGUGCUGAGUCUGCUGAUUAUCCUGUCUGCGAUUGUGCAGGCGGCGAGUAUGUCGAUUGUCGCAUACUUGUUUGACAAUGAGGACCGCUUCUUUGUCGGCUGGCGGCUGGGCGAGUCCUGGAUUUACUGUACUGUCAGCUGGUGCGUGAGUCUUUUCUGUGCGGUGGUCAUGAUCCUUGCGGCGAAUAGUCUUCCGUCGGAGGGGGGAACGCAUCGCAUCACAUUUCACAUGGCCCACCUACGGAGUCCCUGGAUCUGGAUCACCCACGUAUCUUCUGCACCGCUCCCUUCCUACUCACCCUCGACAUCUUCUUCCCUUCUCUCCCGCCAUCCGCCUUCUCCAGAACCCACCCCCGAAACGUCGGCAGGAUCUCAAUGUCCGGAAACAACACCUGCUCCUUACUUUUCCCCUUGGCCUUUUGUGCCUGGCGAUGCUGCUCGGUCAGAUCCGCCCGGAUCCGCGCAACGAUCGCCCGGAUCUCCCCAAACGACUUUCCCGCCCCGGUCUCGCGGCGCAACCACUCGGGAACAGGACUCGCUCUGA